AUGGCGUCGCCGGAGGCGGACCGCGCGGCGGCGCCGCUGCUGCCCAGCAGCUUGAGCGCGGCCCCCCGCCGCGUGGCCGCGCGGGUCGCCACCUCGACGCAGGGGGCGGCGCACAGCGCGGCGCGCCACGGGCGGCUCUUCACGCUCGACAGCGACGGGGCGACAAGCGAGGUCUACUUGGGCAUCGGCGCAACCCUCCUGGGCACCCUGGCGAUCUGGAUGGUCUGCAUGCCGGUGUUCGACAUCGGGGGCACUGCUUUGAUACGGCGCUUCGAGGGCAACUCCUCCGCCGGACACAGGGAGCCCGUGAGGCUCUGCUGCGGCCGCUGGGCACUCUGCUGUGGCUGCUUCGUUCAGGGUUGCGGCCGCUUCCUUCGCCGCCGCCGGUGA